CAAUCACCCCCUUGUUGUCUCCCCCUUCCCACCUUUAACUGCAUGCUCCUCCGCCCACUCGCGGUUUUAUUAAGAGCAGCUAGACCUUUACACCAGCAGCAGCAGCAGGCCCGCAUCGUCGCCACCCAGCACAUCCGCUUCUACGCGUCCGCCCCAACACCAAAAAAGGAACGAAUCCCCUUCCCAACCAUGGCCGCCGUUUCCGACUCGGACGUGAUUGCGCGCUUCGGCGCCCUCAACAUCUCGGCGCCAAAGGUCAUCGAGCACGCUGCCGUCAAGGGCGGUGCCGAGUGGCGCGCCGAGCUCGACAAGCUUGGCAAGACUGGUGUCGCCAUCACCAAGACGCUCCUCUUCAAGCCCAAGACGGCCAAGACGGCCGAGCCCACCCCCGUGCUUGUUGUCGCCAAGGAGGACACUGAGACCUCGUCGGGCCUCAUCGGUAACCUCCUCAAGCUCAAGGAGCUUCGUCUCGCCAACGAGGACCUGAUCAAGCAGGUCAUCCCUUCCGCCGCCUCCAAGGACGACGUCUCUCCCCUCCCCCUCCCUGCCCCUGUUCCCGCCACUCUCUUCCUCCUCCUUGACGCCGCCAUCGCCUCGUCAUCUGAGGAGUUUGCCCUCCACCUGACCACCUCUGCCACCACUGUUCUCGUCAAGGGAACCGAGGUCAAGGCCUACCUCGAGUCGAUUGCCGGCUCGCCCGAGGCUGUCCGUGUCGUCGACUUUGUCGAGCUCAAGGCCAACGCGCCUGCCCCUGCCCCCAAGGCUGCUGCUGCCCAGAAGGAGGCCCCCAAGGCCGCCGCUGCUGCCGCCGUCGCCAAGAAGGACGACGACCUGUACGAGAUGGCUAUCCAGUACAAGAAGGACGAGGACUUCCCCGGAUGGUACACCGACGUCCUGAUCAAGGGUCAGAUGAUCGACUACUACGACAUUUCGGGCUGCUACAUUCUCCGCCCCACCUCGUACACCAUCUGGCAGACGAUCCAGAACUGGUUCGACGACGAGAUCAAGAAGCUCGGCGUCAACGACUGCUACUUCCCCAUGUUCGUGUCGCGUGCUCGUCUUGAGCGUGAGAAGGACCACAUCGAGGGCUUUGCCCCCGAGGUCGCCUGGGUCACCAAGGCCGGAAGCUCCGACCUCGAGGAGCACAUUGCUAUCCGUCCCACGUCCGAGACUGUCAUGUACCCCUACUACGCCAAGUGGAUCAAGUCGCACCGUGACCUCCCCUUGAAGCUCAACCAGUGGAACUCGGUCGUUCGUUGGGAGUUCAAGAACCCCCAGCCCUUCCUGCGUACCCGUGAGUUCCUCUGGCAGGAGGGUCACACUGCGUUCCUCGAGAAGUCGGAGGCCGACAAGGAGGUUCGCGACAUUCUCGACCUCUACCGCCGCGUUUACGAGGAGAUCCUCGCUGUCCCCGUCAUCCCCGGUAUCAAGUCGGAGAACGAGAAGUUUGCCGGUGCCGACUACACCACCACUGUUGAGGGCUUCAUCCCCACCACUGGUCGUGGUAUCCAAGGCGGUACCUCGCACCACCUUGGCCAGAACUUCUCCAAGAUGUUCGACAUUUACGUCGAGGACCCCAAGGCCACGGCCGCUGACCGUGAGGCUGGCAAGGACACCAAGAUCAACGUGUUCCAGAACUCGUGGGGUCUCUCCACCCGUACCAUUGGUGUCAUGGUCAUGACCCACGGUGACGACCAGGGUCUUGUCUUCCCCCCCAAGGUCGCCCUCCAGCAGGUUGCUAUUGUUCCCGUCGGUCUCACCAAGGGUGAGGGCAAGAACGACGCCAUCUACGAGGCAUGCACCAAGCUUGAGCAGGAGCUCAAGGCCGGUGGCAUCCGUGCCGUUGCCGACCUCCGUGACGGUUACACUCCCGGCUGGAAGUUCAACGACCACGAGCUGCGUGGUACUCCCCUUCGUCUCGAGCUCGGCCCCCGUGACAUUGCUGCCGGCACCACCCUCGCCGUUCGCCGUUACGACAACCACAAGGAGUCGUACCCCCUCAACGACAUUGUCAACGUUGUCCGCAAGUCGCUCGACGACAUCCAGGCCGCGCUGUACAACCGCGCUCUCGAGAAGUACAACGCUUCGCUCCGUCACACGCUCAAGUGGGAGGACGUUGUGCCCAACCUCAACGCCAAGUCGGCGCUUGUUAUCCCCUGGUGUGAGGACCCCCAGUGCGAGGACGACAUCAAGGACCGCUCCAAGGCCGAGUCGAUGGCCGGCCAGGCCGAGGACUCGAAGGCUCCUUCUGCGGGUGCCAAGUCGCUCUGCCUUCCCUUUGACCAGAAGCGUUUCGGUGACUUCCCCGAUGGAGAGAACCAGAAGUGCAUCCAGUGUGACAAGAAGGCUAAGCGAUGGGCGUUGUUCGGCCGCUCGUACUAAGCGGUGUGGCCGGGUUGAGGUGAUUUGUACAGGCAUGCAUGGGUUGAGUAGGCA